CAUUUGCUAUAAGAGCAAAAGUUCCCUACUUCACUAACAUGGAUGUUUUCUUUCAUAGUUAGCCUUACCUGUAUCUGACAGAUUCUGUAGGCCACUUUCAGAUUGCCCAGAGAUGCGGUUUAUACAUAAUCCUUCAGGCCGGGCGUUACACAAUCCGUUAGAUGCCAUUCACAUGCAGGGGAUCAUGAAUGGUUCAGAGAGGAUCUCGGUCUGACAGUGCUCUACUAAUCUGGCCCAGGCUCAGCAGGAAGUCUACACAUAAAUAGUAGCUACUCCGUGGUCGAUACUGCUUAUUCUUACUGGGUAUUGGAGCUUGGCAUUGAAUGCCACAUUGUUUGGGUGAAGACUGAUUAUUGGUAGAACCAAGUGGUUCCCAACCAGUUGUCUUGGGCCACAUUGUUUGGUGGAUUGACUCUUUUUUUGUCAGCAGACCUUCUAGGGAUGUUCAAUGAGAGUAAGUGGGCAGACAGAAGCAGGGGCUGGACAGGGAUCUGUAGAAACCAAACCCUUUUGCACAGCCAGUCAUAAAUGCUGGAGGGAUUAAUUUUCAUCUGGUCUAAUUAUACAUUGGAACAAGCUGUACUGCCCUUACAGGAUCCUGGCAGUAUUAAGAUGAUCCCGUGCAGAGAAUCCUCUCAUCCUUUCCUGAUCUGUUGUCCCAGUCUGUCACUUGAAAGGUCCUCCAGUUUUUUCUGGAUUUUGUUUAAAAUUUCGUCCUUUUACCCCAAAGCAUAUUUCCUGCUAAGUCUCAGAGAUAAUUCCUUAAAAAGCUGACUGUUCAUGCCAGGAUGCAGUGAUGACUCUAAAGGCUCCAAAACAAGCAAAAAAGGCAAAAAAAAACAAUGCAAGGUUCAGGACUUUCACAUAGGCACACUCAGCAGUUACAACAGAAGAAGACCUGACCUCCGCUUGGCUAAAUGUCGGAUGCUCUUGUUUUCCGUUGCUCUUUUCUCUUUGUAUUCGGUCCACUUACUGCUGAAGACAGCCAGUGAAGGAGGUGCCCUUGUUUAUGAGGCUCUGGGUUACAAGGCCUUUGGGAUUCCAGGCAAACUGGCAGCUUCCUUCUCCAUCACCAUGCAGAACAUUGGAGCCAUGUCGAGCUACCUCUACAUCAUCAAAUAUGAGCUCCCCAUUGUUAUUCAAUCUUUCACUGGAGCAAAUGAUGGUGAAUGGUACAUCAAUGGUAAUUACCUUGUGAUGCUCGUGUCACUUCUUCUUAUCCUGCCCCUCUCGCUGCUCAGGAACUUAGGUUACCUUGGUUACACCAGUGGCCUGUCUCUGCUCUGCAUGGUUUUUUUUCUGAUUGUGGUGAUCAUUAAGAAGUUCCAGCUGCCGUGCCCUCUGCCAAAUCUUAACUCUGUGAAUGAAAGCACGCAUGGGUUGAACAGCACCCUCCACAAUGAUAUCACAAGCGACAAUGACACUUGCACGCCUAAAUACUUUGUCUACAACUCACAGACUGUCUAUGCUAUACCCAUCCUUACCUUUGCCUUUGUGUGCCACCCUACCAUCCUACCCAUGUAUCAGGAGCUCAAAGACCGGUCACGCCGAAAGAUGCAGAACGUGGCCAACGUGUCAUUCCUGGCCAUGUUCAUCAUGUACCUGCUGGCCGCCCUCUUCGGAUACCUUACCUUCAACAUUAAUGUGGAAUCUGAGCUGCUCCACACCUAUUCUAAGAUCUACAAGAACGAUGUGCUCCUGCUGGUUGUUCGUCUGGCUGUGUUGGCUGCUGUAACACUCACAGUCCCAGUGGUGCUCUUCCCCAUCCGUACCUCGGUCAACCACCUACUGUGCCCAACAAAGGACUUCAGCUGGAUCCGUCACAUUAUUAUCACCGUGGUCCUGCUGGUAGCAACCAACACACUGGUCAUCUUUGUCCCCACCAUCAGAGAUAUCUUUGGCUUCAUUGGUGCCUCUGCUGCAGCAAUGUUGAUCUUCAUCCUGCCCUCAGCUUUCUAUAUCAAACUUGUCAAGAAGGAGUCAAUGAAGUCCAUCCAAAAGAUCGGGGCCACAAUGUUUCUGAUAUUAGGAUUUGUUGUCAUGGUUGGCAGCAUAACUCUUAUCAUCAUUGACUGGACCGUGAACAGUGCGGACAAGAAAGGUAAUUAAAGCUCCGGCUCUCCUGCAUACGGAGGGGAAGCUCAAAGAGUUGGACGGCAAGAAAUACACAACUAUAAGAAAAAAAAUGUGUGAUGAACAAAGCGAACCACAAAAGACUCACUUGUUGCUCAGCUUGGGCUUUCUGAGCAAUGGACCGUACCAUUCCAAGAGAAUGUAUCUGAACACUGUAUAUUAUGCUGUUCUAGACCACAAAGAUGGCGUUUACUUGUAUUUUCCCCCUGUUUUUUACUUUAAAAAUAGUCAUUCUUUUUCAAUACUGUGGUACAGCUGUAAUCAAAAGGCCUCAGACCAGAGACUGAAAAAUCGUAGAGUUUAACACACAGCUUACCCUCAGGUACAGAGUUAUUUGUGUGAGGGUGUAGCUGUGAAAUCUGACCUCAGCAAAAAUUUGCUUUCUUUUCUUUGUGUUCAUCUUUACCAAAAAUGUGUCUGAAAACCAUUUUUGUGUGUUGAAAAGCACUUAUAGCUGAGCUUAUUUGUCAGUGUUCACUUAAAUUGCACCCAUUCAGUAUUUCUGCUAAGGUCAAAGUGUCAGCCAGCAAAUCUGAGAACAGAACCACACACUGGGAGAUCUCUAUUAGAUCAUGUUUCAAGGGCAACGGCAGCAACGACACUACUGUGUCGAGAAGCGGGGGCACCGAUGGAAACCUAGAUUGUUUUCUUCUUUACGGGAGAAUACUCUGAAUUUGACCACGUGCAGUGGUUAUGAUAUACCUGUUACACUUGCAAAACCAUUACAACUGUUACAACUUCAGCUUUAUGAAGUCAGGUGCACUCCUAAAAAAAGAACAACCAAGGAAAGACCCCGAAUUCUUAAGUGUUUAAUGUCAUCGCACAAUAUAAUGUGUUUACAAUGAAGCAUGGAUCCAAUUCCCACCGAGUCAACUGAUCAUCAGAGGGGGCACUGUGCUUCCAACACUAAAACAUCGCAAAACUGUUUGUCAUCUAUUUAUGGAAGACCGUUCAAAAAGUGUAAUUUAAGCUAUUUUAUUAUAUUUGUACAUUAUAUGUAUAUAUGUAUAUACAGCUAUCUUUUUUGUUUUUAAAGACUUUUGCUGAAGACCAUAUACAGAACAAUAUCAUGGAGCUCAAAAACCAAAUGUGGUGAUAUUGGGAAGGGUUCACUCCAGAAUAUCUGAGCUUUAUUUUUACAUUUCUGUUGAAACACACCAAAUUUCAUACUGUAUGAAUUCAGUGUAGAAAAGUCACAAAUUGAGCAGCUUUCACAUUUUUUAACCCCCUGAAGAAAAACACCAAUAAUUAAAACAGUCUUUUUGGUCAGACACAGAAAGGACGCUGCCUGUCAGUGUUACACACUUGUUUCAAUGAAACAAUAUGUACAUGAUGUAAAUAAUGUCCCAAUAAAAUGAACUAUGACCUAGAA